AUGCCAAGGCCGGGCCGACCAUCGGAGUUUGCUGUCUUGGGAGACUGCCUACUGACCAUAUACCUGAAGACACGUUUGCGACCUGACAGAAUGAAGGUACAUGUGAGCUUCAUACCCGUCUACCUUUCCCAAUUCCAGCUACAUCUCUUGUGCUGUCCAAUACCCUCCUCAACGCCUUGCUAUUGA